CUUAACCACCCCCAGAUCUGCCAAACCACCGGCUGGGGCGGCCAACCCGUCCGCGCCCACGGCGGCGCAUCCGACUCCUCCUCUUCCCCCGACGACCUCGCCUCACGCCUCGAGCCCGUCACCGACGCCCGGCGCAUCCGCGUGACCUUCUCCUCUUCGGUCUCCGACGUCCUGCCCUGGAAGUUCACCCCGCAGCAGCGCGAGGUGCGCGUGCUACCAGGGGAGACGGCACUCGCGUUCUACACGGCGACCAACACGUCGGAUAAGGACAUUGUUGGGGUCGCGACGUACAGCGUGACGCCCGCGCAGACGGCGCCGUAUUUUAGCAAGAUUCAGUGUUUUUGCUUUGAGGAGCAGCGGUUGGCGGCGGGCGAGACGGUGGAUAUGCCGGUGUUUUUUUAUUUGGAUCCGGAUUUGUUGAAGGAUUUGAAUAUGCGGAAUGUGCACACUGUGACGUUGAAUUAUACGUUUUUUAAAGCGAGGUACGACGACAAAGGUAACUUCCAGGGUGCGCCGGGGUUUUAA